AUGGGCAGCUUCACAUUCAAGUGGUAUCAUCCCGCCGAGGAGGUCUACGUGACCGGCACAUUCGAUAGCUGGACCAAGAGCGUCAAGCUCGAAAAGGAGGGUGACGUGUUCCAGAAGUCGGUCGAGCUGGAGGAUGCCUCAGAAAAGAUCUACUACAAGUUCGUCGUCGACAACAACUGGGUCAUCAACGAGUCUGCCCCCAAGGAGCCUGAUCACGAGGGCAACAUCAACAACUUCCUCAACCCCGACCAGAUCACUCAAGCAGCCCCCGCCGCUGCCGUUAUCAACUCAGUAACCCCUGCUUCUACCACCGCUGCGAUGGCUAGCGAGCAACCCAUUGAGACCAAGGCCGUCGAAGCCGACACCAAGGCGAUCGAUGAGAAGGUUCCCAAGCCAACCCCCACUGAAAUCCCUGGUGGUUUCCCUGUCACUCCCGCCACCGAGCUCGACAAGCCUAUUGGCAUCAGCCCUCUGCCUGCUUCCGAAGGCGGCGUGAACCCUAUCACUCUGCAGCCAGGAGAGAAGAUCCCCGAGACAAUCGCUGCCGAGAGCACUGACAAGUACGUCAAGCUUGACAAGGAGUCGUAUGAGAAGAGCGAUGCUCUGCCCGGUGUCGAGACCGAGCUCCCCCCGGUUUCAGGCAACAUGAUUCCCGAGUCCAGUCUCCCUAUCGCCGAUGUCAACGACGUUACCAUCUCCACUGUCGCCCCGACCGCCACCACCGUUGCGCUCGCUGCCGAGGUUCCUCUUGAGCCCAAGGCUCCUGAGGUUCCUGAGAUUGUCAAGGAGAGUCAAGAGAAGGCUAAUGUCGCUCCCGAGGCCAGCACCGAGACUGAGGAGGUCAAGGAGAAGGCUGAGGUCGAGGCGGAGCUUAAGGAGAAGGUUCCCGAGGCUGCUGUCACUUCCGAUGGCGCUGAGAAGAAGGAGGCCGCGUCUGAUUCUGACCUUGCUGCCAUUGCCGCCACCGCUGGUGGUGCUGUCAUCGCCGCCUCCCUCGUGGCCAAGGAGGUUGUGGAAGAGAAGACCGCCCCGGUUGUCGACGAGGCUACUUCUGUUGCCAAGGAUCUCCCCGAGCCCGUGAAGGAGAGUCUUCCUGCUCCCGUCCAAGAGGCCUUGGUUACUGAGACCAAGGAGGUGUCCCCCGAGGUACCUGCCGAGGUCAAGGAGUCUAUCAUUGAGGCCGAAACGAGCCCUGAGGCAGCUGCCAACACAGAGGCUGUUGUGGACAAGAAGGCUGUUGAGACUGAGCUCCUGAAGGAGGUCAAGCCUGUCCCCGCCGAGGCUGAGACGAAGCCUGAGGAGGUAGCCCCCGAGGUACCCGCCGAAGUCAAGGAGUCGAUCGUUGAGGCUGAAAAGAGCCCCGAAGCAGCCGCUAAAACUGAGGCUGUUGAGGAUAAGAAGGCUGUUGAGACUGAGCUCCUGAAGGAGGUCAAGCCUGUCCCCGCCGAGACCGAAGCAAAGCCCGAGGAGGUCAAGACUGAAGAGGUCAAGCCUGAGGAAGUCAAGACUGAGACUCCUGUGGUGAGCACCGAGAAUGGCACUACCGCCACUGAGAACGGCUCCAAGGCUGCCGAGAACGGAUCUAAGGCUGAGAACGGCUCCAAGGCCGCUGAGAAUGGCUCCAAGGCCGACGAGCCCGCGGCCAAUGGCUCGACGUCUAAGACCGAAACCAAGAAGAAGCACCAUCGACUGAGCAGCAUGUUCCACAAGCUCAAGCAAAAGUUCGCCUAA